GCCGCCCCUUUCGGAUUCGAAAUGCCGCCGCUGGGUGGGAGGAGCUGAGCGGCGUCCAAUCAGCGCUCGUAUAUUCGCUAGGGGGCGGGGCUAGAGGGCAGCGUCUCCUCCCGUUGCUGGGGCAGCCUCAUACCCGCAGCAUGCAGAGAGCAUCCCGGCUGAGCAGGGAGCUGGCAUUGCUGAGCACGGAGCCGCCGCCCGGUAUCAGCUGCUGGCAGAAUGGAGAGAGAAUGGACGAGCUGCGGGCACAGAUCAUAGGAGCUCCAGAGACACCCUAUGAGAAAGGGAUAUUCGACCUGGAGGUGGUUGUGCCUGAAAGGUACCCGUUUGAGCCCCCAAAGAUUCGCUUUCUGACCCCUAUUUAUCAUCCUAACAUCGACUCUGCUGGAAGGAUUUGUCUGGAUGUUCUUAAGUUACCACCAAAGGGCACAUGGAGGCCUUCCCUCAACAUCUCCACACUACUGACCUCCAUACAGCUGCUGAUGGCAGAGCCCAACCCUGAUGACCCCCUCAUGGCAGACAUAUCCUCGGAGUACAAGUACAACAAGCAGCAGUUCUUAAUAAAUGCCAAAGAGUGGACUGAGAAGUACGCGAGCCAACAGAAGAGGGCUUUGGAGGAGAAAACAAACCAGAGUGAAAGCAAAGCCACCAAUGGAUCUGCCAUGCAGAAAAGAAAAGGGAGCUCUAUCAGCAAGAAGGAGAAGCAGCCUCGCAUGGGCUCCUAAGUGAGUUUAGUUCCUGAUGUGGCUGCCAGCUUUGCUUUCAUUGUGUCCUCUUUAAGUGGGUAUAAUCAAAUAGUUUAAUAUGGAAUAGCAGCAGGGUUUAUUGUUUCUGUUUCCUAGCAGUUGGUUCGUUUGGUUUUUGAGAUGUUAUAGAAAAUAAAGCUUUAAUUUGCUUC